AUGGCCACACAGGGCGAGGCAUACGAUAUGGGCGUGAUGCGAGCUAACGCGAGACAGGCUACGAGCUCGCAGGCGUCGUCACUGCCAGAGGAACCAGGCAAUGAACCUCCGCAUCCUCAUGCCGACACUGCGGAGCCCCCGCGAGAGUCUGAAAAUACGGAGCGGUCCGAUGGAAGUGAUGAGGAGAUUGUACGAAUCGCCCCUGUGGCACGGGACACGACGUCUUUGAGACGGGACCUUGGGGAGCGUCAUGUCAACAUGAUCACCUUCUCUUGCGUUAUUGGCAUAGGUCUCUUCCUCCAGAACGGCAGAAUCAUCAACCUUGCAGGACCGGGAAUGGCCUGGUUGGCAUAUCCAUUGAUGGGGACCAUCGUUUGGUCCGUGCAAGCAGCUCUGGGGGAGAUGUCUGCACUUUUUCCCGUGCCUGGAGCGUUGUUUGAAAUGCCUUGUCGGUUCUUGGACCAAUCGAUCGGAUAUGCUGUGGGCUGGAUGGCAUGGUUUGCCUGGGUCGUCAUCAUUGCGGCGGAACUGCAAGGAGUGGCAGGACUCUUCCAGUUUGGGUUCAACCCAUCCGACCUCGAGAGGUUGCAUUAUCCAGAGCCAACACUGAAGUGGAGAACAAGUGGUGUCGAUCCUGCUGUUUGGAUAUCAAUCUUCCUCAUCCUUAUACUGGUGGUGAACCUCCUCCGUGUGCGGUGGUUCGGCGAACUUGAGUACUGGAUUGGCGUGAUGAAGAUGCUGUUCAUCGUUGGGCUGAUCCUCUUCAACAUCGGCAUCAAUAUCGAGACCGGAACCCAUUUCCGCUUCUACAACAACCCAUGGGGAUUCAUCUCGCGUGCGUGGACAACACCAAGUGGUGCGGUUCAGACUGGUGGCUGGGCCCAUCUUGCCAGCGUAUGGACGGCAAUGACAUUGACCAUAUUCUCAAUGAUCGGGUUCGAAGCCGUCACCAUCACCGCGGCGGAGAACCGAGAGCUCCGAACAUAUGAAGGGGUCAAGAUCUCCAGUAGGAAAAUCGCGAUUCGGAUCAUCUUGCUCUACAGCCUCACGACCUUCACCGUCGGGUUGAACGUGUCAUACGAUGAGCCGCUGCUGGCGAAUCGAGACAUCUCCGUCCUAGACAAUGGAACCCAUUCAGCUUUCAUCAUUGCGGCGAUUCGCGCGGGGAAGAAGUUCUGGCCAAACUUUUUCAACGGUUUCUUCAUCCUGUCGGCCACCUCUUCGGGAAUCAAUUCAUUAUACUUGUCAUCGCGCAUUCUGCAUGCCCUUGCCCUCACCCAGGGUGCGUGGCCAAGAUGGCUGAGAACGCUGCAGAACCGUCUGAAAGAGACAGGAUCCAUGGGAGUCCCGCGCAAUGCGAUAUUGGCAAGUUGGCUUUUUGGCUUUCUCGGAUAUCUGGCAGCAGGGGGCGCCCCAUCACAUGAAUUGGGUCGGCUGGCCCUCAACUCGACAGUCUCCAUGCUCAUCGUGUAUUCCGUGAUCUGUGUGACUUUCCUGAGGUACAAGACAAUCAUCAAACAAGCCUACGCAGGUCAAUUCAGGGACACAGAUUUUGUCGACCCCCAGCAGGAUCUAAGGGCGUACUCAAGGAGGAAACAUUCACCCACCUACCCGUACCGAUCGAAUUGGCAGCCUUUGCGGACAUGCUACGCCCUCUUCGGAAGUACCAUGAUGCUUUUGCUCAAUGGAUGGCGGUCGAUCAGUCCGUUCAGUGCGCCGGAUUUUGUGGCUUCGUACAUCAGUAUUGUCAUAUUCAUUGUUCUUUGUAUAGUCUACCGUUGGCACCUGCAUCGUCAAUUUCGACCUCAUCUGCGGCCGACGAUGAACCUCAGAUAUCCUGUUGAAAUGGAUAUCACUGACCCAAGAGCUGGUCGAGACAGGCUUCGAUUCGGAAAGGAGGAUAACCUGCAAACCAGAGCUAUCAAGACCGGACAAUGGCUCUGGGUAUGGCUCAAAUAA